AAGGCGGGGGCGGCACCGUGACGCGCCUCGCGGGCGGUCCUCGGGCGCGCGCCGCUCUUCUCUCUUCGGGUCUCGGAAGUCGGUGCCAGUUACCGAGGCGGCAGCGGCGGCGGCGGCGGCGGCGGCGGCGGCGAGCGAGUCCUUGUGGCCUAGAAAAAUCCUGCGAAAAUGUCUCUGUACCCAUCUCUUGAAGACCUGAAGGUAGACAAAGUUAUUCAGGCUCAAGCUGCCUUUUCUGCCAACCCUGCCAACCCAGCAAUUUUGUCUGAGGCUUCAGCUCCCAUUUCUCAAGAUGGAAAUCUCUAUCCUAAACUGUAUCCGGAGCUCUCUCAGUACAUGGGGCUGAGUUUAAAUGAAGAAGAAGUCCGUGCAAAUAUGGCCUUGGUCCCUGGAGCAUCAGUUCAGGGGCAGCUGGUAGCACGACCUUCCAGUAUGAACUAUAUGGUGGCUCCUGUAACUGGUAAUGACGUUGGAAUUCGUAGAGCAGAAAUUAAGCAAGGGAUUCGUGAAGUCAUUUUGUGUAAGGAUCAAGAUGGAAAGAUUGGGCUCAGGCUUAAAUCAAUAGAUAAUGGUAUAUUUGUUCAGCUGGUCCAGGCAAAUUCUCCAGCCUCUUUGGUUGGUCUGAGAUUUGGGGACCAGGUACUCCAGAUCAACGGGGAAAACUGUGCAGGUUGGAGCUCCGAUAAGGCACAUAAGGUGCUGAAACAGGCUUUUGGAGAGAAGAUUACUAUGACUGUUCGUGACCGGCCCUUUGAACGGACGAUUACCAUGCAUAAGGAUAGUACCGGACAUGUUGGGUUUAUCUUUAAAAAUGGAAAGAUAACAUCCAUAGUGAAAGACAGUUCUGCAGCCAGAAAUGGCCUUCUCACAGAGCACAACAUCUGUGAAGUCAACGGGCAGAAUGUCAUUGGGCUGAAGGACUCUCAAAUUGCAGACAUACUGUCAACAUCUGAGUCUGUAGUUACUAUUACGAUCAUGCCUGCUUUUAUCUUUGAACAUAUUAUCAAACGGAUGGCCCCAAGCAUUAUGAAAAGCCUGAUGGAUCACACCAUUCCUGAAGUUUAAACGUCAUGGCACAAUGGAAACUUCACUGAACUUCUCCAGUUUACUUCUUGGGCAACUUAACUUUAUAUUAUGCACAUGAAGCUUUCUAGGAGCCAGAGAGCAUAUGCUGCAUGAAGACCUUUCUAUCUUACAUUAUGGCUGGGAAUCUUAACUGUUUUGAUCGGAUAUCUCCUCCCACUUCAAGAUCGUUGUAGCCUUAUCCUGGUUUUACAGAUGUGAAACUUUGGACAGAUUUACUGAUUUUCAUAGAGUAGUUUCUCUACUGGAAACUCGAUGCUUUUACAAGCCAUUAUGAUUAGAAUGACUGAUACAGGCUUAGCUCUGUGUUAGAACGAAUCACCUUUAUCCUGUAUAUCAAGUAGUGCUGCUCACGUUACUUUAGUUCUGUGGUAUAAUUGCCUUUUUAAUGUGUUACCAUAGUAUGUGUAGAAUGAUCGCUUUUGAUGGUUUUUUAGUUCUGCGUGCGUGAGUCAAACACCAAUUAAGAACACUGGUUUCAUUCCGUGUAAGCAUUAUACAGUGUAGGUUGCAAGAGACUGUGUUGAUCAUCAUUAAAUUGUAACUACCUUUACUCUAUAUGCUUGAACUGUCGCCUUAACUGUGUUAAGCAUCUAGAAUAAAAGCCAAAAUAGAA